AUGUCAAUCGCAUUUCUAGCAGAUAAAUCAAAAUCCAAAGUCACAAAAGGCCACCUCAAAGGCAUUGCCUCAAAACUGAACAUAACAAUCCAAGAUGGACCCGAUGCCGACGCCUAUCUCCUCCUCCUCCAGUCCAUGGAGGCGAUCAUGCAACGCAUAGAAGAUGGUGCAGAUUACAUGCAUCCAGCACUAUCACCAGUCCCAACCAUAUCCCCGCGAGAAUAUUGGCUACCAAGUGACAAAAACGAAGAUAAUCCGCUGAAUGCAUGGAGACAUCGAUGCGAACUCGUCGCUUCCAAACCUACCAACUCUUUGCUACAGGGUAGAACAAUCGCAAUCAAGGAUAAUAUUUCUAUCGGCGGUCUCCCUACAACACUCGGCACGUUUACAGAAAUCUUAUGCAAAGAUGGGAAAUUACCCGUUUCGCCUAUUGAUGCUUCAGUGGUGUCCAGAAUUCUUGAAGCUGGAGGUAUAAUUAAGGGAUCUUCGAGCUGCGAGAAUUUCUGCGCUUCGCCAUUGUCAUAUAGUGCCGCUACGGGGCCUGUGCAUUCUCCUUGGUUGAAUGGGUAUACCUCUGGUGGUAGCAGUAGUGGCUCUGCUGCUCUUAUUUCUGCGAAUAUCGUGCAACGCCAGACUGAAAACAAGUUUGGGCAGACAGUCGAUCUGGCCAUUGGCGGUGAUCAGGCGGGUUCCAUCCGUAUCCCGGCUUCUUUUACGGGGAUAUAUGGUCUGAAACCGACGCAUGGAUUGAUUCCGUAUACUGGAGCAAUUGGGCUAGCACCCAUGGUUGAUCAUUUGGGCCCUCUUGCGGAAAAGCUAGAAGAUAUUGCGCUGCUAUUGCAGGUUAUGGCAGGGUAUGAUGGGAUAGAUCCUCGGAUGAGCCCUGAAUCACCAUUGAGGAAUCAAGUAGCCGACUAUCCGGCACAACUAUCCGAAUUCCGAUCUCGACAACUUGCUGAAGGCGAGAAACUCGGUUCCUCGUUCAAAGUAGGCUUGAUAUCAGAGUCGUUCGAUAUUCCAGGUCUCACUGCCCAGAUUCGGGACACAGUCCUAGAAUCCGCAAAGAAAUACUUCACCCAAGCCGGCGCCAGUGUCUCUGAAGUCUCUAUCCCCAUGCACCGCGAGGGUAUAGUUAUAUGGACAGCCGCUUGUCGCCCAUCAACGUCCGAGUUUGCCUGUCAAGGCAAACCAGGCGGAUUCCUCACCUUUCCAGCACCACAUAUCCACACCCAAUGGCCACCAAAUCAGCAAAUGUACGAAAUCCUAACAGCCACAAACCCGGCUUUGGUAAAUAUCAUUUUCAACGCACCCUUCAUUACAGAGCGGUUUGGUCCUAUGACGGAGGCAAAAGCGUAUAGAAAAGCGUACGAGUUACGUGCUGCUUAUGAUCAGGCCUUUGAAGAAUUUGAUGUGCUCGUCACGCCCUGUGCGCCGAGCGUUUCGACGCCGCAUCCGAAAAUGAAAGGGGAUGAUGAUGGGCCUGCGAGCUCGAUAAUGGAUAAAGUGAAUGUUGCGGUGGGAGUGACAACGAAUACGGGGCCGUUUAAUGUUACGGGACAUCCGGCGAUGAAUGUGCCGUGUGGGUUUGGGAGUGUUGAGGGCAAGCCGGAUGUGAAGUUGCCAAUUGGGAUGCAGGUUAUUGGAAAGAGGUGGGAUGAGAUGAGUAUUUUCAAGGCGGCGGCGAUUUUCGAGGAGGGUCGUCGGUUGGCUAAUCUAUAG